AUGGCGCUGUUCGAGCAGGUGGGUUCCCUUCUCGAUUCUUUCCUAGACGUCAAGAUGCGCUUGUCCCAGAUCCUAGCUCUACCUGUCGUCUAUGCCACAUCUUCAUACCACGACAAUGCUGGAGUCCUCCAAUAUGUCAACCCUAAGAUCGGGACUUAUGGUAUCACACCAAAUGGCAACGGUGGCAUGAUCCCGUCCGUCUCACCACCUUUUGGCAUGACCCGAUGGACCCUACAGACCAGGGAGAAUUUCAUCUCACAAUGUCCUUACAAUGAUAUGGAUGGCUACAUCCACGGCUUUCAGGCUACGCAUCAACCCGCUAUCUGGAUGGGUGAAUCUGGACAAGUCGUUUUGAGCCCGGGACUGGGUGAGGUGGAGCCUUUGUUCGAGCAGCGAGCUCAUGCUUUCUCGAAGGAGAACGAAAGGAGCACAGCGUACGUGUACGAGGUCGAGUUCUCGGCGGAAAGCGUUCAGGCUGGUGCAAAUCUGACCGAGAGCAUCUAUUCACCGGUGCCUGGCGGUGCGCAGCCUGUGCCAAGUGAAGUCAGCGAAGGCGCAAACGGACGAACUCGACGAGCAGAGGCUGCUAGCGAGCCUACAGGCUCACCACAUUGGCCAGCCGGGGAUGCAUCAAUCUCGGCGUACCACAACGCCACUAUCAACGCUGCUCUGACAGCAACGUCUCAUGUUGGCUUCCUUCGACUGGACUUUCCCUGUAACGAGCAAAGUCACUGGCCUGCUGGCAGACAUCAAGAUACGCCUUAUGUGUUUAUACAGGCUACGAGGCAGAACUGGACUGGCCACAUUGAGAUCGACGAACUGCACAGAGAAGUUUCGGGAAGCAAUCCUCAGCGUCAAGACUAUGCUCUUGGCCCAUAUCGUGCUCCAGGGUUCAGUGGAUACUUCGUCUCCCGCUUCUCGCAGCCCUUCGAAUCGUUUGGAACAUCCCUUGGCAGCGAUAUGACAGAGAAUGCUGUCUCGGGCUCCGGGGAGCAUCUUGGCGCAUACGUGAGGUUCGCAGCUAAUACUAGCCGUGUCGAGACCCGCACAGCAGUCUCGUUCGUCAGUAUUGAGCAAGCACGGCGCAAUCUAGACUUCGAAGUCCCAGAUGAUACCACGUUCGAACAAGUAGUGGAGAGCUUGAAGCAAGCAUGGCUCGAGAAGCUGGGUCGUGUGACCAUCUCAGGCGUCAAUCAGACAGACUCUGAUCACGAUCAGCGCACUGUCUGGUAUACCGGGUUGUUUCAUGCUCUCCAAUACCCCUCUGACUUCUCGGAACCGCUGACCGCGGACGGGUUGACGAUCACGUAUUACGAGGGUUAUACAGAUAAUGUGCAUACAGCGAACGAUAGCUACUACCAGAGCUGGAGUAUCUGGGAUACUUAUAGAGCGGAGCAUAGUCUGCUCACUAUGUUUGCGCCGGAAAGAGUCAAUAGCAUGAUGCGAAGUCUGCUGAAGAUAUAUGAUUGGAGUGGACGUUUGCCUAUGUGGGCUAAUGUAGUAGAGACGAACAUCAUGAUCGGCAGCCAUGUCAACGCCGUGCUAGCCAACGCACUUCAGCGAGGCUUCACCACGUUCGACGUCGCUAAAGCAUGGGCGGCUGUCAAGAAGAAUGCUUUCGAGCCUCCAAUAAACGACACGGAAUUCCUUUACUACGACCGUGAAGGCUAUACUCCAGAUGAAGUCUGCGCAGGUCUAACGGCCUAUAUACCCAAAGGCUACGUCCCUAACGACCAGUGGGCCGAAAGCGGGUCUCGUACUCUCGAUUACGCUUUUGACGAUUAUGCCGCUGCUGUCGUUGCAACUCACGCAGGAGACGAUAGCACAGCUGAGAAGCUGAUGGAGAGGAGUCAGAACUACCAUAAUAUCUACAACGUCAAUACAACCUUUAUGGAAGCUCGUAAUGCAAACGAGACCUGGGCGGGCUCUGAUCAAGGCUGGACAGAAGGAGACGACUGGGUCUACACUUUCAACGUCAUGCACGACGUUGGUGGUCUCGCAAACAUGAUGGGUGGUCGAGCCAAUUUGAAGCAGAAACUCGACGAGCACUUUGUUGAGGGCCACAACGAUCAUACAAACGAACCGUCCCACCACGUUCCAUACUUGUACGCUGCGAUAGGCUACCCAGCCUCAACACAGAAUCUGACUAGGGACAUUGCAUGGGAGAAUUACAACGCUACGUCCGCCGGUCUCAGUGGGAAUGAAGAUCUGGGUCAGAUGAGCGCGUGGUACGUUUUCUCUGCUUUGGGGUUCUAUCCUGUUGAUCCCGCCAGUGAUGAAUAUGUCGUUGGUUCGCCUUUCUUUGAGAAGGUGAGUAUCACGUUCCCUGCUGGUGCCGCCACGGGUGGGAUUGGUGGAGAGGAGAGUGAGCUUGUUAUUACCGCUAUUGGUGCACCUACGAUGCCGUUUGUGAAGGGGUUGUGGGUCGAUGGUUUGGCGGUCGACAGGCCGAUGUUGACGCAUGGGCAGAUAGUUGGCGCGAGGAAUAUCACGUUUGAGAUGGCUGAUACGCCGCAGAGUUGGGGUGGUUCAUAG